AUGCUCCCGUCCUUUGUUCGCGCAGUUCCAAAUGGCACCGAGAUCGGUAAUUUCCUUGCCUUGGACCUUGGCGGUACAAAUUUCCGCGUUCUACUGAUCAAGCUGGCAGGACGAGAAGCCGAAAUGACCGGGAAGAUCUUCCGUCUGUUCGAUCACAUUGCCGAAUGCAUGGCUCGUUUCAUGGAAGAGAACAAUAUUAAGCAGGCCGAGAAACUUCCGCUAGGAUUCACAUUCUCGUUCCCGUGCCGACAGGAGGGGCUUACAUGUGCGAAGCUGAUCAACUGGACCAAAGGCUUUAACGCAUCGGGCGUGGAAAAUAAGGACGUUGUUACGCUGCUUCGUGAAGCCUGCCAGCGUCGCAAGGUUCCUAUUUAA